UUCAUGCAGUAAUAAAAUCUCUAAUCUUCUGCACACCAGGCGAGGCACAUGGUCCUAAUAUUCGCAUUGCCAUGAUACGGCUGCAGUGUUACCAAUGUGAUGUUAAGCCAUAACCAUUCAUAUGUCAGUAUUCUGGCUCCAGUUGUUCCAGAGUGUAUUAGCUAAUGCUGGUAUAAGGUCAUAUUGUGUAUUUAAAAUUUUAUUCAAACUCAGCGGCUGAUGACAUUGUUUUAAGUCAAAUUAUUAAAGCAGUAGAUUUAGUUCUUAUUUAAAAUACUGUUACACAAUAAUUUGAGGGCAUAGUUGUAAGUCAAAAUUGAAGACUUGACUUGAAGGUUAAUUCUGACAUUAAGUCUUAAAACAGUUUUGAAGGACCAGACUAGGGAAACAAAAUGCUGUCUACAAAAUAUUUGACUUUGUAGAUGUACAUGUAAUUGACUAAAACAAAUAAACAUAGUUCAAGUUAUGCCAAUCUGUACAUGUAUAGUGUUAUUACAUAUUAGCAGACCAACUGCUACCAUCAUCAGAUGUACAUGUAAAUGUAAUAUACACCUGGCAUAAUAACGUGACACUUGUGUUCCUUGGCUUUCGAGAAAAGUCCCUUUAGCAGUACCCACAGUAGAUGUACAAGCAUGUUUAAGUCAAGUUAACGGCCUUCAAUUAUUUUGUGACUGUAAUCAGCUGUUGUAGAAUUGGUUAUCACAUCAUGCAACCAGUGUUGUAGAAUUGGUUAUUACAUCAUGUAACCAGUGUUGUAGAAUUGGUUAUUACAUCAUGUAACCAGUGUUGUAGAAUUGGUUAUAACAUCAUGUAACCAGUGUUGUAGAAUUGGUUAUUCCAACCUGCCCUCUAGAGGUAUUACAGUUGUUCUCUGCCGCCUUCAUUAUAUCUGCCUCCUUCAUUAUAUCUGCCUCCUGUGUUAUACUCUUUCACAUCUGUUAUCAUGCUUUAUAUUACCAUCUGGCUAUUUGUUAGUGAAGUGCUAGGCCUGCACAUGUGUACAAUAGCUGGUUAAGUGAGAUUACUUGUUCAACAUACAUGUUAAUCUUGCCCACCUGGGCAACUAAACAAUCACUUUGAUGCCAAUCAUCACGUACCUGCGACAGAUUUGAUGGUGUAAUUUGUUAUCAUAUAAUAUGCAAACAGUUCCCUGGUAAUCCUUUCACAGCUUUUUAACCACUGAUGCAGACACACAGAAUUGUGGUCUGUGAUGUUAAUGGCACUAUUCCAGCAGCUGUAUCAGUAAUUACUUGUACAACACAUCCUGAACCAGGGAAUUACAAGUCGCCAACUGAAUUAUCCUGGGACGAAACCUGCAAAAUCGCUCGUUGCACUGUGAUGAUCUUUAUCUGUGUGGAGUAAUGUACAGAAGAAAAGUAAUCAUCAUCCAGUAUUAUAACCCCAUGUGGAUUGAAAACGUAUUUGUAUGUGAUCUGUAUUACAGAUGUGCUUCCCAUGGUUUGUUGUGUGGGUUGUACAUGUAUUUACAAUAGUGAUGAAGUCACCUGAUCUCUCUGAUGAGUUUUAUUAUUAUGGUUCUUAGUACAAAAACCGUAACUGACUUGGAGGUGUUACCUGAUCCCUUUGUUACUGUUUUCCAUAGGUGUUUGUUACAAUGAACGGUUUUGCUUUUUCAAAGAAUAUUAACAGUUAUGAAUAUCAAAUAUAGCCAGAGUGUAAAUUCUGUGCUUCACGGCUUACCAGCAAAGAUGAUGAGUACUGUAUAUGUACCUAUACAUACAGGUGUGCAAAAAGACUAUAAUAUUGGGCAUACACUUUUUCUGUUUUUCGUUUCUGUGAUUCAUUCCGCAUCACUAAGACAGAACUCUAGUUAUGCUUAGUGUUACUGACCUACCAGAUUUGGUUCAAGAAAUGUCCUACCCCUUGUCAGUUAGGGUUCUACUUUCUUUAGAACUGCCUUUUAUUCUCAUAGCUGAAUGCUUCAUAUACUGAAUGGAUCCUCAUGGUUUGAGCAGUAGUACUUGCAGAUUUUGAGUUUAAAGGUCUUACUAUUAUCAGUGGGGCAUUAAACUUAUGUAACUUGAUUAAUGUCAUAACAGAACAUACUUUCUGGAACAUCACAUAACAGCACAAGAAAAAAAAAGACUCAACAAGACAAAACUUGCCUUACAAACAUCAAAGCAUGCAAGCAUUACUGACUGGGAUUUGGUUUGUUGCAAUGAUUAGAUGAACCAAAAUCACAGAAGCUGAACCAAAAGGUUCUUUUUGUUGGGGAUGAAAACAAUCUCCCUAAAUCAAUGCACACCUGUGUGAUUUAUAAACCUAUCUCGCCUGUAAUUAUGCCUGUAAAAUGAAAAGUGACAGUUUUGAGGUCAUAGCUUCAAACUGAUCCACAAACAUUUGGAAUUGAAAUUUUGGAAGUACAGGAUUGUGUCCGGAUGUGUGAAAAUGAAAAGUGACGGUUUUGAGGUCGAAACUUCACACUGAUCCACAAACAUUUGGAAGGGCAACUUUGGAAGUACAGAAUUGUUUCUGAGUGUGCAAUGUAUUGAACUUCCAGAGAAAAGUAGGUGUACAUGUAUAUGUGGAUUGUUCUUCUCCCCAAUAUAAAGACUAGUAUACUCUCAUCCCUGGUGUUACUAACUGCCCAACUAACCCACUCGUCAUCUUGUUCAGGUAACCACACCGUAUUCCGGUACAUCGAAUAUUUGGAACAUCCACCAAAAAUCACUCAAGCGCCCAAGGAUCAAAAUGUUGCUGAAAACCACAUCGUCAGCUUCUUUUGUAAAGCGUCUGGCAAUCCUCACCCUUCAUUCCACUGGACCAAAAACGGUCGUAAGAUCAACACAAAAAAUCGCUAUUUGACUCAGGAAAUGCAGCAUGGCUCUGUGUUGAGAAUCGAAGCAGCUCGGGCCAAGCGUGACGAUGCCACGUUUGAGUGUGUGGCAGACAAUGGACUGGGAGAACCAGCCAGGGCCAGCGCCAAAUUGGUCGUCUAUCCGGUAGACGAAGAUCACAGUGUUCCCAGGGGAUACCCGCACAUCAGCGAGAGCCCCAAGCUGAUGGCUGUGGAGAAGGGACGACCAGCCAUGUUACGCUGCUUAGCCACAGGGGACCCAAAACCGACGGUUAUGUGGCUGAAGGACAUGGUACCAGUUGACAUGAGUGACCCACGACUGACCAUUCUAGACUCUGGUAACCUGCAGAUUGAGCGAUGUCAAGAAUCUGACGUGGGGAAGUACGAGUGUGUGGCAGAAAACGACAAAGGCGUGGCCUACUCUCACGCUGCCAGUCUCUAUGUCAAAGUUCGGAGAGUGCCGCCUCAUUUUUCAAUCCCGCCAGAGAACACAGAAGUGAUGCCAGGGGGUGACGUCAACCUGACAUGUGUUGCCGUGGGGUCCCCCAUGCCCAUUGUUCGCUGGGUACAGGGAGCCAAGGAGAUCACUCAGGAUGACGAGGUGCCCGUGGGGCGUAAUAUUCUCAUGUUAACUGACGUCAGAGAAACAAAAAAUUACACUUGUGUGGCAUCGUCAGAUUUGGGUACUAUUGAACAUACCGCUCAAAUCCAAGUUAAAGCCUUGCUGAAUGCGCCCGUGGGCCUGAGCACCUCGGAAGUGACCGCUACCUCGGUCAGACUAUCCUGGGAUUCGGGGAAUAGGGAGCCUGUUAUGUCCUAUAUCAUCCAGUACAAACCUAAAAACCAGAAAGGAGGCUAUACUGAAAAAACGGAUAUAACGGACACAGAGAGCCUGGUGAUGGGACUAACCCCUUUCACCGUCUAUGAGUUCAGGGUGGUGGCGGUGAAUAAGAUUGGGCGCGGCACCCCUAGCAUGCCCACUGAAGUCAUGACGGGAGAACUAGCCCCAGGGAGCCCGCCACGGAACGUCAUGGCCCGACCAGUCAGUUCAACCACUGUAAUGGUCUCGUGGGAGGAGCCAGAGAUUCCAAAUGGAGUUAUUAAGGGUUAUAAGGUGUUUUACACACUGAGUCCAGACAUUCCAAUUGUGUUUUGGGAGCACCGAGAGGUUGCCAACAACAAACUGACAUCAAUCAGCAACCUCAAGACAAACCAUACCUACACCAUCAGCGUCCUAGCCUUCUCCAACAUCGGCCAGGGCCCGUUGUCCGAACCCAUUCAAGUGAUGACCACUCAAGGAGGUAUGUCAAGACUCUAUCCAGUUCCUCUUCAGCCGCGUAACCUCCACGGAGAAGCAAUAACGCCCAACUCUAUCAGCCUAACAUGGACACCACCCGAUGAAAGUGACACCAUCGAGAGCUACCAACUCUACUACAACGAUUCCUAUUUCCGUCAAAAUGUCCGAAUAAGUAUCGAUCCAUCAGUGGCAGGAUUCACUCUUAACGACCUCACCCCUGACACUGUCUACCAUAUCCAGGUGUCUGCCAAAUCAAAGCGCGGGGAGGGGGCGAAAACCCCUACCAUCCAAGUCCGAACUUUGCCGUUUGUCCCAGGUGCCCCUCCACAAGCAGUUAGUGGCAGUCCUAUAGAUUCACGCAGUAUCCAAGUCACAUGGAAACCUCCACCUGCAGAAAAACAAAAUGGCGCCAUCACAGACUAUAAGAUAUUUUAUUUGGAAAAUGGCGAAGGCGCCAAUGAAAACGCUGAUGCUAGGAUUGUACGUGUGGGGCCUGAGGAACGUUCGUACGUCCUGAGUCAGCUAUCAAAGUGGACUGAGUAUAAGAUCUGGCUCCUCGCCUCCACCAACGUUGGUGACGGCCCUAAGUCCCCUCCCAUCUUAGUCCGAACCGACGAGGAUGUACCUGGAGAGCCAAAAAAGGUCCGUCUUGAGGCUAUCAAUUCAACUGCUGCUUUUGUGGAGUGGCAACCUCCAGCUCGAAAUGAGCGGAAUGGCCUCAUCCGGGGUUAUCAGGUACAUUAUGUACCCGUGGAUGAAAAUGAGACCCCUAUCGGUGAGCCGGACUAUCACAAUGUGGUGGAUGGAGACAGGACAGAUGCCGUGGUAACGGGGCUUGAGGCAGACACUCGGUACAAGUUCCACGUGGUGGCCUACACCAGGAAGGGAGAUGGAAUCAGGAGUAAGGCCAGAGUGGUGACCACUAAGGGAGCAGUGCCGACACCCCCACGUAAUCUGAACGUAGAAUUGCUGGAAGGGGACCCUCCCAGGGUGAGGCUAACAUGGCAGAGGCCCAAAGAGACCUAUGGGGUAAUCGAUGGCUACAAGGUCAUCUGGGGCAAAAAGGGAGAGAGUUACGAGGAGGAAGUCUGGCCUGGACAGAAGUAUACCUAUGUGACAGACAUCUUAGAAAAAGGCUCCAUUUAUGAAUUCCGUGUUUCUGCCAAAAACGCAGUGGACUUUGGUCAGCGUGCUGUGAAGACUGUGUCAACACCAGAUGGAGUGCCACGGGGUGCCCCACAGAAUUUCUCCGCUGUAGGCCUCAGUGAGACUAGUGUCAAGCUGUCUUGGGAUUUACCCGCCAAAAAACUGCGCAAUGGGGAGAUAAUCAUGUACCAGAUUACCUACAACAAGUUAGCAGAGCCCAUUAAUGUUGAAGACUUGAACAUCACAGAAACAUCUGUGGAGAUCAGUGGCCUUGAAAUGAACACAGACUAUGUGUUCCAGAUUAAGGCGUUCACAAGUCGUGGGGCAGGGCCCUGGAGCAACAAGCUACAUUUCCGUACCUUUGGCCAGAUGCCUCCUGCUCCAAAGAACGUCAAAGUUCAGCGUGCAACGCCCACGUCUCUCCUGGUGUUUUGGGAUGAGCCAUCCUUCCCCGUGGCUGGGUAUAAGGUCUAUUACAAUAUGUUUGCCCUGCCUAACAUGGACAUGUGGCAGAGUAUAGAAAUAGGCCCGUAUACUGUGACGGAGAUCACAGGCCUCCGGGGGCACACCAUAUACGCAGUUUGUGUGCAGGCAAGAUCAGUGGAUGGACGCUAUGGCAAUCUGUCCAACAUUACUCAGAGUACCUACUCAACAAACGAGAAAACUCGGUCAGAUGUUGUGGAACACUUCCAUGCUUCUUCACAAACUUCACGCAGUAUCAGUCUUAAGUGGGACCCCCCCAGCAAAGCGGGCGUCAACUCUUACAGGCUGCGCCUACAGGGUAGGAAGCGUUACCGGGACAAGUACGGGUCGAUGCAGACGGUGACUCACCCCCUACAAAUUAUACCCAUUCCUGGCAGUUAUAAGGAGUAUGUGGUCAGGAACCUCCCGCCCAAAGUUCUCUUCUCCUUCAACCUCAGCGCCAUCUUCCAGGAUGCCACUUCGGGACCAGAGGCUUUCCUUGCUGCUGAGACGCUCAUUGAAGCACCCCCUGUCGUGGAGCGGCCUGUGAUGGUAGGGGUGGAGUCUGGGGUGAUAAAGCUGAAGCUGUCACGAGCCUCAGAGAGGAAUGGUCCCCUCAGCCACUACCUGCUGUGUGUCGUACAGGAGUCUAAAGCCACUAAACCGCCCAAUGACUUCACUAUCAAUGAUCUGACCCAGGACGUGAUGGACGUACAGUUUCCUGCCUCAGAGCCGUACAUCGCAGCCCGAUUUGAGGCACGGUACCUGCAGUCCGAGUUUGAGCUGGGCAAUGGUCAAGCUUACGGGUCGUAUGUCAAUCGUCCUCUGGACAGAGAUCAGCGUUACAAAGUCUUCCUCAGGGCCUACUCUGUCGAUCCAAAAUUAUACAAGUCCAGCUCCUAUUCGAACCCAUUGUCACUGUUGGACAGCCGAUACAGUAUUGGCCCAGGUAAAAACCCGGAGGUGCGAGUGCCUGUUGACCGUGAUCCGUAUGACCCAGUCGACGAACCCAUAGACCCCAGGAACAACCCUCGUAAUAACGCAGGCCAGAGUCGGGCUGAUGGGAAGGACACAAAGAAGCUGCUGACCAUCGUGGGGCCUGUAUGUGGCGUCGUUGUUGUCUUGAUCAUCGUGGCUCUCUGUGUCAUCAUGUACAGGAGGAAAAAGUCCAACAGAAAAGAGAAGAGUCCAGAACCCACUCAGAUACGUGUGGAGGUUCCAGCUCAUCCUUGCGAUCCAGUAGAGAUGAGGAGGCAGAAUUAUCAGACUCCAGCCAUGAUGAAUCACCCACCCAUCCCCAUAGCUCAGCUAAACGACCACAUCGACGCUCUCAAGGCUAACGACAACUACAAGUUUUCCCAAGAGUACGAGUCCAUAGAACCCGGUCAGCAGUUUACCUGGGACAACUCCAGCCUGGAGGUGAAUAAACCCAAGAACAGGUACGCCAACGUGAUCGCCUACGACCACUCGCGGGUUAUUCUCCUGCCCAUCGAGAGCCUGGCGGGCGGGGACUACAUCAACGCUAACUACAUGGAUGGCUACAGGAAGCAGAACGCUUACAUAGCUACACAGGGCCCUCUGCCUGAGACGUUUGGUGACUUCUGGAGGAUGGUGUGGGAGCAGAGAUCAGCCACUGUAGUGAUGAUGACCAAGUUAGAGGAGAGGAGUCGGAUCAAAUGUGACCAGUAUUGGCCUAGUCGAGGAACGGAGGCCUACUCUGUGAUGCACGUGACCCUGGUGGAUGUUAUGGAGCUGGCUACCUAUACCAUCAGAACCUUCCAGGUGGCCAGGCAUGGUUACCCCGAGAAGAGGGAGGUACGUCAGUUCCAGUUCACAGCAUGGCCGGACCAUGGCGUCCCUGACCACCCCACCCCUCUGCUGAUGUUCAUGAGGAGGGUGAAGGCCAGUAAUCCUCCAGACGCAGGCCCCAUGGUCGUACACUGUAGUGCUGGAGUAGGGCGGACUGGUGCUUUCAUUGUGAUAGACUCCAUGUUAGAACGGAUUAAGCAUGAACGAACUGUGGACAUAUAUGGCCAUGUGACCUGCCUACGAGCGCAGAGGAACUACAUGGUACAAACAGAGGACCAGUAUAUAUUCAUCCACGACGCUCUUUUGGAGGCGGUGCAAACGGGCCACACGGAAGUGCCGGCCAGAAAUCUGGGUGCUCACAUACAAAAGUUAUUACAGCCUGACCCCGGGGAAACAGUCACAGGAAUGGAACUAGAAUUUAAGAGAUUAGCCAAUAUGAAAGCCAAUCCUUCUCGUUUUGUCAGUGCAAACCUGCCUGUAAACAAGUUUAAAAAUAGACUGGUCAACAUUUUACCAUAUGAAUCCACGCGAGUCUGUUUACAGCCGAUACGAGGCGUGGACGGGUCAGAUUACAUCAAUGCCAGUUUUAUUGAUGUAAGUAACUGCCUCCAUGGUUAUCGGUACAAAAAGGCAUACGUUGCCACUCAGGGGCCACUAGUGGAGACAACAGAAGAUUUCUGGCGAAUGCUCUGGGAGCACAACUCCACAAUCAUCGUGAUGCUCACAAAACUGAGGGAAAUGGGCAGAGAGAAAUGUCACCAGUACUGGCCCAGUGAGCGCUCGGCGCGCUACCAGUAUUUCGUGGUGGAUCCCAUGGCCGAGUAUAACAUGCCUCAGUACAUCCUUCGAGAGUUCAAGGUCACGGAUGCCAGAGAUGGCCAAUCACGUACAGUGAGACAAUUCCAGUUCACUGAUUGGCCAGAACAAGGUGUACCCAAGUCAGGAGAAGGUUUCAUUGAUUUCAUUGGUCAAGUUCACAAAACAAAGGAACAGUUUGGCCAAGAUGGACCAAUCUCUGUCCAUUGCAGUGCCGGGGUGGGACGGACAGGUGUAUUCAUCACAUUGAGUAUAGUGCUGGAGAGGAUGAGGUAUGAGGGGGUAGUAGACCUCUUCCAGACUGUCAAAAUGUUGCGGACACAAAGACCAGCCAUGGUGCAAACAGAGGACCAGUAUCAGUUCUGCUACAGAGCAGCCCUGGAAUACCUGGGAUCCUUUGACCACUAUGCAAACUGAGACCAGUUGAGCCGUGUGGCCAUCUAGCUACUUCUCUCUACUGCUGUGUAUUAUUGUGGUCACCUGACACACCAUACAGGCAGAGCAGCCAGACUUCCAUCUGUCCUCCAUGUCCAUCGAAGCUCGUGCUGGGGGCUGGUGAUUGACCCACUGCCAAACAGACACUGUGAGAAACUGUGCGACAUUUGGCAGAGGUUAUCUUCACUAAGUGAUUGCUGGGAAGAUAAAUGCCGGACCCUGUGAAGUUUGACGCCUCCAUAAAGAGGAGACAACUCUGCCUGUAAUGUUACUUCUGUUUGUUGGCCAUAGGAAGACUGUGUGUGCAUGUGUGAUAAAAGAAGACCUGGAGAUGUGUUACGAUGACUGCAAAAGGCCUGUCCUUGGAGGAUGGGCAGUGGUGUGUUACAAGUGUGAUUCAGUGCUAUCUCUAGGAGCAGUUUGACCCAGGUCAUCGGGAAGUAGGCAUGUACAGUGGAAGGGAGGACUGGCCCUUUCUUCAGUGUUGUUUUCUCCGUUGAUAUGUGUACAUAGAGACUUUACGAUAUUUAAUGAAUUUGAAAUCAACAAAUGUGAAGACUAGAAUCCUAUAGAGGAUCUUUAAAAAGCUGUGAAUACUUGUGACAUUGGCCAUGACCUGACAUAGUUGUUCCCCUUUGGCUGCUCUCAGCUGCUCAUGUUACGUGUACAGAUAGAUCGACCAGUCCUCCCGUUGCGCAUGUCUUAGCAAAUCUUUACGGGACUAUUAGUUAUUGUCCACCUGUUACUAUUGCCGAUGUGGCAGUGUACAUUUGAUUCUGUAGGAGUUCCAUCGAUUGAGGAAUCUUGUUAGACUGUUGUAGAAAUCCUGACGAUUCUGACAGUGGCGGCAGAGCAUGCGCGCCUGCGUCCAUGACAACGCGCGUCCUGUUGUCCGUCAGACUCUGGGUAUUGUACAAAGUGUCUUCUGCGCCCCACGGUGUGAACAUCUUACCAGGGGACAGGCGAUGAGUUCAGUUGGAAUAUUUUUAUACAAACUGUCCUGUUAUUUUACAUUGACUUUUUCUCUUUUUUUUUCCACCAUCGAUUAUGUGACAGUUGUGUGGAUUGCAUGCGCUGACAGCUGAAUUGUAUCUGAGUGUUAUUUUGUAUGCCCUGUUCCAUCUAGGUAGCCAGAGUUAUCUACCCUUAUGGAAGUCUUUUAUUGUACCACUGCAUGUGCGUAUACACAGUAUUACAUCAUGUGGAUUGUUGCUG